AUGGACGAGAAGCAUCGUUGUGUCCAGCUGUCGGUGAAUCCGUCUCGGGGACUCAUGGACGAGAAGUUUGUCAUCCUGGUCCAGAAUGCCCCCCCUCGUUCUAAGCUGACCAUCCACUCCUUCCACCAGUGUGAGGACGAUUUUGGUUGGGAUGCGUUCGCUCACUACAUUUCUGAUGAAACCGGCAGUGUGAACGUGUCUGAGGACUGCAGUCUGGGAGGAAGAUAUUCUGGAAUUGAACCGAUGGGUCUACUGUGGAGCCUCAGACCAGUUCCAGGCAGCAAACCUGGACUCAGGAUUCGGAAGAAGAACGUCCAGGAGCCCAUGUUGGUCACAGUGUCGGUGUACGAGGGUCACAGGAAAGAGGGCUUUGCAGAUCUUGUCCCUCUUGCCAGUGCCUUGGUGGAGCGCUGGUACAUGUCGCCUGGUGUCCGCAGGAUCCCGGUCACAGAGGGUGGACUCACUGCAACCCUCUUUCUGCCCCCAGGACCUGGACCUUUUCCUGCUAUUCUUGACCUUUGGGGGAGUGCAGGGCAGCUGGUGGAGUAUCGUGCAGCGCUAAUGGCCUCACACGGUUUAGCUGCUUUGACCAUCGACUACCUGACAGCUGAUAUCGUCAAGGAAACAGGAAAGAUGGUGAACCUCCAGUACUUUGAGACUGCGUACAAAUUCCUGCAGGAGCAUCCUCAGAUCCUCGGGAGCAGGAUUGCCAUGUUGGGACUUUCUUUGGGUUCCAGUGUAACCGUCAGAAUGGCUACUUACUCCGAAGUGAUGAAGCUCAGAUGUGCAGUGUGUAUCAGCGGGAAUCAUGUGCAGCCAGUUGACGAAGAUUUUGAAGGCAUUAUGAGGUCCCUUAACAGCAAUUCUAAGGUCCGUAUCAAUGAGGAGAACCAGGUAAUCUUCCGAGAUCUGACGCUGCCCAUCACCUCUGACCCUUUACAGAAAGUGGAUGUGGGACGACUGCAGUGUCCUCUGAUGCUGAUUGUUGGUGAGGACGAUCAGAUGUCGCCUACUCGAGAGGCUGCAAACGACAUGAAGGAGAUGAUGGAGCGAGCAGGGAACAGCCAUCUGCUGACCGUCCUGUCCUACCCUGACGCAGGUCACCUGAUCGAACCCCCGUACACGCCACACUUUCCAUAUGGCAAAUUCAGAUCAACCAUCACAAAAAAGAAGAUGAUGGUUCUGUGGGGCGGAGAGCCGGUGGCACAUUCCAGAGCUCAAGAGGACUCCUGGAAGAAGAUCCUGCUCUUUCUCUGGAAGAAUCUGCUCAUACAGAUGGUGCACGCAUUGGAACAGUUCAUUGAGCGCUUUAUUUUCGCCUUCUCUUUCUCUGUUUGUCGCUCCGACACCGCCUUUCCGCCUUUCCAGGCCUCGUGCUCUGCUCUGCAGAAGGACCCCCACUCCUUCACCGGAGAGCCACCGCCAUCCCCCCUCUACAGCUGA